AUGAAGUGGUUGGUUUAUUUCAGCUUGUGUGUAAUAUUCACGGAUUUGGCGAUUCCGGCUAAUAUCACAGAGGUGAACACUUUGUAUACUGACUUAAUGUCUGGUUACAACAAAUACAUACGCCCACUGACAUCGACAAGUGAUCCUAUGUACGUGAAUGUUACGUUUUCUCUCCUUGGAAUUAAGGAAUUUGACGAAGUUAAUGGCAAGUUUUCUGUAAAUGGUUUCUUUAUGAUUACAUGGUCCGAUUCACGUCUAGCAUGGGCGCCAUUACUUUAUAACAAUAUUUACACCAUUGAGCUUCCAGAAUCGAAGGUCUGGAUUCCAAAUCUAACACUUUUAAACUCCUACGAGCGUGUGGAAAGUCUCGGGAGAGGCAUAGUUCCCGUCACAGUCACAUCUACUGGAAAGGCAUUUUGGUCUCCUGGUGACGUCAUAUCAAGCGCAUGCGACGUAGAUGUGACAUAUUAUCCAUUUGAUACCCAGUCUUGCAGCAUGAUGUUAACGUGUUUCGGAUUUGCUCCAACUGCCAUCGUUACGCAAGCGCCGGAUACCGAGAUCAACAUGGCCUUUUUCUCGGAACACGGAACAUGGGAACUACUGGAUAAAAAAAUAAACACAUUUUUAAAUCCUGGCACCUCCUACAUUAGUAUCAGCAUGGACAUGAAAAGGCGCCCAGCGUUUGCCGUCAUCAACAUUGUCCUUCCGAUGCUUUUCAUGGUGGUUUUGAAUUUACUAGUAUUUGUAUUACCCGUGGAGAGCGGGGAACGACUGUCCUACUCCAUCACCGUGCUUCUUGCGAUUGCCGUGUUUUUAACUCUUGUUGGUGACAACCUGCCCAAAACAUCAAAACCGACCGCCAUUUUGUCAUACUUCCUUCUUGCUGAUUUGGUACUGAGCUCUCUGAUUUGUGUCUUUGUUAUUCUUGGUUUGGCUAUCUAUUACAAGGACGACUCUGAAAAACCCGUACCGAAAAUAAUCGCAAGAAUCGUAAAAUUAUGUUGCCAUCGACGAAAACGUACAGGCGGAAUUAAAAACAUAACCGUUGUAGAACCUUACAAUGAAAGGUCGACAGACAAGAAGUUUUCUGUGCCUGAUAAUGAAGAUGAGGACGACGAAAAGGUGACAUGGAAAAUGGUUUCUAACUGUUUUGAUUGGAUAGUUUUCGUCACGUGUCUGGUGGCCAUCAUCAUAUCGAAAAUCCUGUACUUUUUCAUGACAAUGUAGUGAUACAUAACUUUCUCACAUUAUCAGCAGCGUGAGGCUGACUUAAGGUGGCUCAUUACAGCAAUAUUUCAUUUCAUGGCUCGUUAAAACACCUCUAAUUUGUAUGACUUAUA